AAUAGCCUCGCAGCUAUUUCAACUAUAAAGUUAUUGUGCAAUGAAUUAAUUGUGAACACAUUUUUUCAAGUGCAUUUUUAAACUUUUCUUUAAAUGCAACCUAGAGUUUCACAUUGACAAUUUAUUGACAAUAAGUUGCUAUUUGCUUGUGUUGCAUAAAUUAUCUGCAAAUCAUCUUGUGACGUUAAAAAAAUGAUGUCUAAAUUGUCACCUAUUGAUUUGAUUCACAGACUGUGAUUUAAAACUGCAUCGACAUAAGUUUUUUCCUGUGAGGGAUAUGGUAACAAAGAUUCAUCAGAAAAGGUGACAAUCUGAAUCCUUGAUUUCAAAACUCCACCAUGAGAAUCUUCUUAAUGUUGGUGAUCCUCAUUCUAGAGGUUCAACUCUACUUUCGAGAAAGUCAAGCAAAACAAGAUAACCUAGCCAAUUCAAUAGACAAUAUAGAAGAAAAAGGAUUAAAAUUGGAGCCAGCAUUCACGGGCAUGGCUAAAGAUGCUUUGGCCCAGAAAGGUGGAACUGCAAUGCUGCCGUGUAAAGUAACUGAUCCCGGCGCUGGAAUCGUUACAUGGGUAAGACGUAAAGACAGGCAAUUGCUGACAGUUGGACAGAAUACUCACUCAGUGGAUAAAAGAUUCAUGGUGAAACAUGUAAAUUCGGAAUGGUCACUGCUUAUACAAAAAGUCACUCACGAGGAUGCAGGUCUCUAUGAAUGUCAAGUGGCAUCUCAUCCGGUUCAACAGUACUUUGUGAGGCUGCGCGUAACCGAGGCUUACUCGGUGAUUCCUGGCGCCCCGGAUCUUCACGUUAAGCAGGGCUCGAAUCUGCGACUCGAGUGCCAGCUGAUGCUGGCAACAGAGGCGCCCGUCUACGUGUUCUGGUACCGCAACUCGCGCAUGAUCAACUACGACUCGGAGCCCGGUGUCAACGUCGAGCUCACCACGGCUGGCUCGGUGCUCGAGGUCGAAAAGACCCAGCUCAGUCACGGCGGCAAUUAUACUUGCGCGCCCAGUAAUGCCAAAGAAGCAUACGUCAUGGUUCACGUACUAGAAGAAGAGGAAAAACCAGCUGCCAUGCAUGGUGGCGAUCGACGCAAUCUGAGCCCGGCAAUUUUAGCAAGUAACUUUCUCGUGUCGCUUCUGGCCGCUGUCAGCUGGAGGAUACCGAGUUUUUCAAGCCUCUACCCCACGUGAACAGUCCGAAUUUUCGGCUUUGCAAGCGACACUAAAGCAGCAGGCUGAUCUUCAUCACCAUUCUCCGUGAGAAUAUACAAUAUCAUAUGCUUACCUCUGUUUAUCGUCUAUACCAAACUGCCUAAAAACUCAAGAUCUUCAUUCCGAUGCAUAAAAGUGCAAUUUAUAAUUGUGUAUACAAGUGAGUUUGUGAUAAUCGAAAUCGUGAAAAUAACAGAAAUUGCGAAGAAGAAAAUUCAAAUUAAGGACAAACUGAGGACACGCUUUUUUCCGAGUGCGUUUCAAGAUAUAUUUGAAGCAAAAUUUUGCCUGAUUCGUUUGCGAAACGGCCAAAUGCAUACCAUAUGUUUUGCUAGCCCAAAUAUAUGGACCUAAGCAAAGAUAUUCAUGUAUUAAUGUGACAAAUGAUAAUGUGGUAAAUCUUAAGUAAUAACUUAAUGGGACUUAUAUGAUUGUAUAAGUAUAAAAUAUGUUCACAAGUAAUCGAUGUAUAUAUUCUAAAUAAUCAGUGACACUUUAAUUUUUUAAAGUGGAUUAUAAAAAUUCAUUUUGUAAAAUACUUACGUAAAAUUUAGAAAGUAAUUAGUUUUUUCACAAAGAAAGUUCACUAAGUAACUAUCUUGAAAAAUGUCGUGUCAUAUGUUCCUUUUUUAAGUAUAUUAUGUGUAUAUUUUCAUUUUCAUUCAAACUUUUAAAUUAAAAGUGAAUUAUAUUUUGUAAAUUGUACAUAUGUUGAUAUAAAAAUCAGCGGAUAAAAUGAGAAAAUUUUGAAUAAGAGUUUAUCUAAGAGUCUUAGCAUAAUUAAAUAAUUUAAUCCCUCAUUGCAUAGGAAACUUGAUCGAACGUAAAGUUCAUGAUAACAGUUCAAUAUUGUUUCGAUAUGAAUAUUUCAGAACUAAAUUUCUUACAAAUACAUUGUAGGUACUAGUUAAAUGCAUCAAGUAAAUUCAAAUUAUUUUUUCAUUUUAGUAUUAAAUGGAGGCCUCAAUAAUGUAUUACUCAAUUCAAUGUAAUGUAAAAAAAAGUUUUCCUAACUAAAUCAAAAUAUUUUUGAGAAAAAAUACUGACUCGAAUCGAUUGAUGACAUUCAUUUAAAGACACGCCUGCUUUAACACA